AUGUCCAUCGCCCAGGCAGCGGCCAAGGCCAUGCUAUCUGACUCCCUGCUGCAGGACGGCGCGGUGAUAAACCGGAUCCAGCACCUGGAGCUGGAGCUUCCCCUGGACAAGGUCAUCAAGUUUGUGUCCGUCGGCCUGCCGCUGAUGCUCGUGUGCAUGGCCUUCGCCCGCGAGAUCUCCCUGGGGCCUCAGAUCAGCUGUUUCCCCCCGAGCAAUUUCACCAUCAAGCAGGCCAGCUAUGUGGACACAUACUGCUGGGACUCUCUCAUGCAUCACGAGUUUGACAGCGACGGGAACUUCGAGGAGCGCUCACUCUGGGUACACAAGAUGUUCCCGUACUCUCUUAUGGCCAUGGCCGUGUUGAUGUACCUUCCGGCUCUGAUCUGGCGCCAGCUCGUAAUGCCCACGCUGGGCUCCGACCUGCUAUUCAUCAUUGAUGAACUGGACAAGUCGUACAACCGCUCCGUCCGGCUGGCUCAGAGCAUUCUGGACAUGAGGCAGAACACUCAGAACCCGCUCACAUUUCAGGCCGAGCUCCAAAGGGCCAAGAGGAAGCGAUACUUUGAGUACCCUCUGCUGGAGAGAUACAUGCAUUGCAAGCAGAAGUCCUACUUCCUUGUUAGCAUGCUUUUCUUGCGGGGCUUCCUCCUCCUGACCUUCAUGACUGCUGCCUGUCUCUACCUGGCCUACUUCCAUCUCUCCGCUUUCCUGCAGGAUGAGUUCAGCUGCUUCGUCCGCACGGGCAUGCUGCGGGAUCAGAACUGGGUCCCCGAGCUGGUUCAGUGUAAAAUGAUUGGCCAGUUGGUGUUCCAGGUAAUAAGUGUGGCUAACGGUGCCAUCUACGUCCUGUUGGCGCCGAUCGUCCUCUUCAGCCUGCUUCGGCUCUUCAUCUGGGACACCACAUUCAUCUCUGUAUACGAGGUCCUCCCAGCCCUGGAUCUGAUUAAACAGGGUAGGCUCGGCUGCCCGCUGAAUGACCUCAAUGUCCUCCUGCUAUUCCUGCGCGCCAAUGUGGCCCACCUGAAGUCCUACGGGAACGUGAGGGCGUUUUGCUCGCUGGCGCCUCCACAGGUUGGCAACGCUACUGCAGGGCAAGGCCUGAACGCGAUGCUGACCCAAGAACAGCUGGAGGAGCGCGAGGAGGCUGCGAAGGAGCUGUCGGAGGAGGUGGAGGAGGCCAAAGAGGAAGGGAAGAUCAGCCUGGUGGACAUCAUGACCAUUCUGGGAGCAGCUCAGGGCAGAGUGGUGAACUGCAGCGAGAAGAGGCCACUCAUCGAGGAGAAUAUGAGCCUGGGUACCGUAACACUUAUCUACACACUCAAACGCAUUCUGCUGGUGGCCAUUUUUGUCUUCAUCAUUUGGGAUGUACAGAAAAUUAUCAAGUGA